CGGAAGCGUGUCGGUGCCCGCGGCGGAAGGGAGGUGCUGAGGCAGCCCAUGCUUAGCUAUGGCUUUCCGGUAGUGCCGGUGGUUCCUGUUCUUGGCUUGCCGCUGUGAGCGGGCGGCAUGGCCGUGAGGCAGGCGCUAAGAGCGAUGCGGCCUCAUGGCAGCCUCCCGCCCGCCUCCACCUCGCGUCACCGCCUCACGGCCCCCUGCCCCGCAAGACGCGGCCUCAGCGCCUGCCCGGGGUGGGCGAAGCGAGUGGGUCGGGCCCGACGCUGCGGGGAGAGUGGUGUGAGCAACUCUGUGUCUUCGUUUUUAGAAAGCAAGGGCGGUGUUUCCUUGCUGGGAAAUAGGAAGCUAUUUUUUGACACUCAUGCUCUGGUUUGCCUACUGGAACAAAAUGGAUUCACUACUCAGCAGUCAGAGGUGAUCGUAUCUGCAUUUGUGAAAAUCGUGAACACCAACCUGGAUAUGAUUUACAAGGACAUGGUGACCAAAGUACAGCAGGAGAUUGCUCUUCAACAAGUAAUGUCCCAUAUUGGUGGAUUGAAAAAGGACAUGAUUAUAUUGGAAAAAAGUGAGUUUUCAGCACUUCGUUCAGAAAAUGAGAAAAUAAAACUCGAACUCCAGCAGAUAAAGAAGCAAGUCAUGGAUGAAAUUACCAAAGUUCGUGCAGAUAACAAACUAAACCUAAACCUAGAGAAGAGCAGAGUAAAAGAAUUGUAUUCACUUAAUGAAAGAAAACUACUCGAAAUGAGGACAGAAAUAGUGGAAUUGCAUGCACAGCAAGAUCGAGCUCUGACCCAAACUGACAGGAAAAUAGACACAGAAGUUGCUGAUCUGAAAACAAUGCUGGAAACUCACAAACUUGAUAAUAUUAAGUACUUAGCAGGUUCAGUAUUUACAUGCCUUACUGUAGCACUGGGAUUUUAUCGUUUGUGGAUGUAAUAAAGCAUCACUUUACAGGGACUUCUACUGUAUUGUUUUCUGAAAAAGAAAAAAUGUCUUCGCUUGAAUUUCAACCAAGUCUUGAAUGUUUUAUUUAUUUUUUUUUCUGAAGAAGACUAUAUUGAGAAUGUAACCAAAGAUGUGCCUCAAAACAAACUACGUAUGUCAUGCCUUAUUGCAACUUACCUCUGAUCAAAGCAUGGUAAAAGCAUUGGUGUUAUUUUUCUUCAUUCUGAACUGCAAUAUGCCUUGCUGUUGUAAAGUGCCAUAUAAGCAAAGACUGACAUUCAUACCAAUUGUAUGGGGCUGCAUGCACUGGGAAUUACGUCCUGUUGUCUGUUCAGAUGUGCUUACCAGAGUCACUUGCAUUGGACUGGAAUUGUGAUUAUUAGUAUAAAAGUGAUAGUAAAUGUUUUGUGGCUUGGAAGCACUCUGGUUUAAGUAGGAUUUGUGUUAACUGAAUCAUGCUUGCUUCUCUCCUUCUAACACUUGAUCAUACAGUUGCUAUGAUCGGAUACGUCUUGCCAUUUUUAUAACAGUACAGUCAUCAGCUUCUUUCUCAGAUGACCAUUGAAUCAAUCAUCUUUUAUGAAUACUGUGUAGUGGUAGCAGUGUUUGCUGCUAGUUUUGCUUUUAAUAUAUCUGUAGAUUUUUUUACUAACUCACCUUUUUAUACAUCAGUUUCUAAUACUCAUUCCAUGUGCUGAUUUUUAACUUAACCACUGUAACUGGGAGUUUGAAAUGCUGUAAAAUACAUUAGUUUUAUUACAUGGCUAAAUUAUACAAGCUGUCUCUGGUGCUGCUUCCUUGUUGGAAAGAAAUUGGUGUUUCUGGAAAGGAAAGAUAUUUUUUUUUUAGUGGGUGGUUAUGAAGCAGCAUCAUUCAUGAUGGAACUGCAAUAUUGUCUGUCUUCUGUUUGUUUUCUUGUCUUAUUAAAAAAAAAAAAUCCUACUGGUACUUCUAAUGUGGAACUUGGAUAGUGAUUAUAUAUAUUAUAUAUAAUGAUGAAAGUAGUAAUGGAGGAUAUUUAAACUCAAUCUGAGCAAGCCCUUGUGAACUAGCACAAUGCAACUGAAAGCUACAAAUGGAAGCAUCCUGUGUAUGCAGGUAAAUACAUCCAUCAUUCUUCCCUUCAGGAAGUAACAGCUUUAGUAACAGUCAUCUGUGUUCCUUCAUUUAAGGGAAAUAUUGUCUUCUUGCUUCUUAGGAAAAGAGAAUGACCUAUGCACUGGUAAUAGAUGAUGUUAGAGGACAAUCUUGGCUUUGUUUAAUUAAAGUAAAGCUUGUGUCUGUGUCAUAAAAGCUAUUUAAUGUUUUUGGUGGUUGCCAAUGCAAAGUGAUGCGAACUUGAAAUAAAGAAUUUCAUAUAUUUCAUAGAA